AUGUCCACAGAACUUGAUGAUCUUUGGCGUCGCCGCGCGACAAACAAUCGCUCGGAGACAGAUACGAUAGCAUGGACGGCAUCCAUUUCCAGAACCCGUGUCUCAACAAUGAAUGGUCUCAGCAUUAACCAAAACUUCGAUUUCGAGGCUAUAGACGGUCUCGAGGGUCUCUCGCGAACGACGCAGCAAUUUGUAAACACCAUGGAAUUUCCAGGCGUUGGGCUUGAAAGAGUGAUGCUUCGGGGUCUUUUCGAGCGCACAUUGCACACCGACCCAACCAGGAGAAUAGCAGAUCUAAGCAAACUGCCUAUAAUGGAAAUAUGGCAUAAGGCACCCGGUGGACGUUCCUUGAAGUUAACACUCGCGGCGCAUACUAAACCGGGAAGAAUGCAAUACUCAAUGUUCGAGAAGAAAGAUGACUCCUAUAUCCCGUGGCCCCAGCAACAAAAACUACUAUAA